AUUGGUAUUUUUAAUAAGCAGCAGAUAGUUGUAGUGAGGAGGUGAUGGAGAUAAAAUAAAGUGUGCCCGUGCGGCAGGUGGUGUUGCGGCCCGGGUGAUGCGGUGUAGCACCGCCCCUCCUCCUCCUGCCUGGCACCGUAAAUGUUAUUUAUGAAUGCCUGCCGCUCACGGGCGUGUGCGCGCAGAUUAUUAUGUUUUAAUAAUCACAAGACGCUGGACAUUGAUUACAGCCGAUGUUUAGGAUCGUGCGGGAGCGUGCGGUGUCCGCUGUGUGCGGUUAAAUCCAGAUUUUAAUUCAUUGUGGUGGUGCUGACAGCGGCAGCGGCGGCGGCAGGCGGAGGAGCGGUGCUCUUUAAUAAUACUGGGUCAAUACACCGCCGCUGUCUGCCAGCCCGCUACAUCCACCGGAGCCGCCGCUUCACCCCGACGUCCUGCCUGAUAAGGUGCGUUGCCGGGGGCAACAGCUGACUGACCAUGUCCUUGUGAGAGUGGGCGGGGCUAGCUGGCCCAUAGGUGGUAAGGAGGAGGAGGAGUCUCAGCCCUUAGCCCCUCCCCUUCUCCUCCCACGACAGACCGAACGGACAGACACACAAACAGGCGUGGCUUUCCCCUCCCUCCUCCUUUUCCUCCUCCCCUCUCCUUCCCACUCUCUUCCCCUCUUCUCCCACUCACCUCCCCUGUCUCUCCCCUCGGCCCCGCCCCCUGCCACAAUGCUGUGGUCACGCUGCUGGUGGAGAGCCUGAGGAAGCAGAUUCUGGAAGGUGACCCUGCUGAGCCAGGGGACUUCUACCUGUCCCUGCUGGACCCGAAAACCCUCGCAGAGUGCUGGCCCCCAGAUGGCUUGAUGCCUGAGAGCAGCUACUGGCAGCUCUGCCCUCCCUCCAAGUCCGGCCUGCAGGGGGGGUUACUGAGCUCUAGUUUCCCCCCUGGCCCCGUGCCCCUGGUGCCCCCAGAUGCUCAUCUGCAGGAGGGGGGCGACCCCCUGGACGGCACCCCCUCUCAGCCGCAGCAGCACCGGCCCCUGGCGCCCAGCACCUCAGCAUCUGAGCUUUCCCUCCCCGGAGCGCCGGUGGCGCCUCCCGGCCCCGGGCCUCCUCCACCUCCUCCUCCGCCACCUAAACGGCACUGCCGUUCACUGUCGGUGCCCGAGGACCUGUCGCGCUGCCGCUAUACCUGGCGGCCCAGCGCCUCGCGGGUGUGGACUCCUGUCAGUCGCCAGCAGUGCCAUGGGGGAGCAGGGGGAGGAGUCACAGGUGGGGGCGCGGGGGCGGGAGGAGGGGGUAUAGGGGUAGGUGCAGCGGGGGGAGGAGCUUGUCCUCUCCGCGCCCCCAGCUCCUCUCUGAACUCGUCGCUGCACUCCUCAUCCAGCCCCACCUUCUUCAGCCUGGCGCUGUCUCCGGACUCCCCGCUGCCUUGGAGCUUCCCCUGGGACCCCAGCGAGGCGGCGGCGGGGGGAGGAGCCUGCUGCUGCUUCUUCCCUUCCCCCUCCUCCUGCUCCUCCUCGCCCUCUCCUCUCCACCCUCCUCCCCCUCCUCAGAGGCGUUUCUCCCUCUCCCCCGUGCUCAUCAGAGACUCGGCGGCCUCCACGUUCCUGCCUCCACCUCCCGUGCCGAGCCAAGUGGCGGCACGUCCACCGAGCUGCUCAGCCGUGGCCGGAGCGUCCGUGGGGGGUCCGGUACCCGCCUCGCCCUCUUCGGCCUGCAGCACACCGUCAUCUCUGCGACGCAGUCUGCCGCCACAGCUGCCUCGUUGCCACUCGCAGCCCUGCGACCUGCUGCUCCUCAAACCAGGUCUGAAGAGACGCCGCGACCCCGACAGACCCUGUGCCCGACCCGUCCUCGACUUCACCAAGAUGACUCAGACCCGCAGCAUCGACCCGCAGUGUCUGGAGCGCGGCGGCAGCAGGCUGGCCUGCGGCGGUGACAUCAGCAUGGGCAUGGAGGCCUUCAUGGGUGACUUCCGGGGCUCCUGCUCGCCGGCCGAGUGCCUGGGCAGGACCAGCAUCGGGCCGCUGAGCGAGAGUGACGAGGAGUGCCGCGAGGACGACGACGAGGACGACGGCGAGGAGGAAGCCGAGGAGCGCGAGGCAGCGCAGCAGGCGGUGUUUGAGAGGGAUUGUACAGAACUCGACUUGAACUUAAUAGAAGAAAACUGACGCGUUUGUAAAUGGAAGGCUGUUUCAGUUUUUUAGUUUUAUUUUCAAUUGAUCUCAACACUCCGCGCCUCCUUGCCACCAAUCAGCAAGGCUCUCAGGAACAACACCUUCUCUCAUUGGAUGAGCUGGGGUAAACAAAGCUGAUUGAGGACGACAGUGAUGAUGUGACUGCCGCGGUAAAGACUCAGCGCUGUGGAAUCCUCCUGGCCGCUUUUUAACGUGUUGGAAAGUUAAAGUGGGCGUUAACUCUGGUCGCCAACCUGCAUCUGACCUUCAGUUACCCUCAUGACCUCUGCGUCCAUCAUGCUUACACUCCAACAAGCCAUUGUUGAGGUACCUGAAGCCCAGAUGCAGCGUUGUCCCACUCAGACAGUCCAGGCGCGUCUCAGCGUCCAGGUGUCUUCCAACACACAGCUGCUGAGUCUCUGCAACACACUACAGUCUGACGAGGCCGUCACCGCACUGCAGCGCCAACCUGACAUGUCAUCACCGUGUCCGUCACAUGGUCCUGCACCGCAUCACAAACACUAGACACUCUUAUCUCAAAGAGCAGAUUUAAAGGGUCAGUUCACCCAAAUCACAAAAACACAUUUCCUCUGUUUCACUAAAUAAAUUCAACUCAUGACAUCAACAAAACAAGUACUCAUCUUUACCUUCAGUCCACAGUUGGAAACAUUUAAACAAACACUGAAUGGUCUUUGAUCAUUUUCAGAAUUCAAAAGUAAAGGUUUAAGUUUUUUACUCUUAAACGUGGACUCUGUUUCUAUGUGACUCAUGGAGAAAACAGUAUGUGAAAUAGUUCCAGUAUUGAGUGAGAGCAGUGGCAAAAAAAGCUGCAACAGUGGAAAUGUUCACACUGUCUGUAAAUGUCCACUAGAGGUGUUUUUGUCACUGACAGGCUCAGAUUGUUAUUCUAAGUGUCUAACAACAUUAUGGAAAGGAUCCCUACAGAGAUAGACCUUUUUUGUUAAGGAGCAGGUGAUGGCGAUUUUAGGGCUCUCUGUGCUGAUUGAAAAGGAUCUUACUCUUGAACACAAAGCUCUGUCUCUGUAAGGAUCCUUUAUAAUAAUGUUGUCAGACACUUAGAACAGUGUCAGAAAUUAGCAAGGGCCACGGGCCAUUUGGCCCGCAAUUUAUCCAAGAAUGCCCCCAAAAGCCAUGUUCCGGGGCCCAAAUUGCCCCCAAGUUUUCGAAACGACUAUAUGUAUUUAUAUUUUUAACAGUAUUACAAUCUGACAUUAAAGUAUAAUUUUAUUUUCAUUAAAUUAAUUUACCGUCACGUCUACAACUCAUUUUCCAGACAUAAUCAACGAGAUUUUGCUUAUUACGUGAGAGUAAUCUGACAGAGAAGGGGAGGGGGCUUUGCUGUACCAUAAGUAUAAACUAACCAUUUCUUGGAUGAUCUGUGUCUACACAAUGACAAAUUAAUGAAAAAUUAAGGUAGAAUGAAUGUUAAAUUUUAAAUUAACUUACUUCCAGGAUUGCAUCUAAGGAAUUUAUAGUAAUUUGGCCUUUUUAACGGUAAAAGUAACUAAUGUGGUGAAACAUUAGUACUGCUAUCAGUAGAUUAAUGGUUAAAUCAUCACAUUUAAACUGGUUGAAUUAUAGGAAAUCUGAGUGAUAUUUUGCAACCUUAACUUUAUGUAACCCAUUAUUUAUUUCAUUUAUAGUGGUUUCUACUGAACAUGUGCUUACAUUUUGAAAAUGCCCCCAUUUUUUAGACCGUGGGGGCCAAAAUUGCCCCCAAAAUAUUUUGUUAAUUUCAUACCCUGACUUAGAACAACAAUCUGAGCCUGUCAGUGACAAAAACAAAUACUUUUAGUGGACGGACACUGAGGUGUGAACAAAGUAGAAACAUAACAGCCUGUUUCACUGCUCUUGCUCAGUACUGGACCGUUUUUAAAAAACUGUUGUUCCCAUUAGUCACAAAAAACACAGGAAGACGGGGUCCCGUUUGAAAAAUACCAAAUGUACCAAAGGCGACAUUCCAAUGAAUCAGUGGAUUCUUUCAUCCAUUUAAUAAUGAGCUCUUCAGAGAUGCUUGCUGUGUUCAGCCUGACAAAACCAGGCUGAGAGUUCUGUCUUUAAAUUCACUUAUCAUAGUCUCCAUGAUAAAAUCUUCUUUACCCAACAGAUCAUUUUUUACAUACAGGAACUUGGUUAUGCAUUUAAACUUUUUAGUACCCGUAUAAAGCAGGAGACCAAAGUAACAUCUUCUUUUUACACUUCCUCAGUCCCUCCUGGAUGUCACGGUCCCCAAGAAUUAACACAAAUUCAGCCAAUCCUUGUGAUUUCUGCGCAGCCAUACAGUCUUGUCCAAUCACUGCACCUUGAGUCACACACAAAGUGACAGAGCUAAUGGUUAGCAUCACAUUGCUAACGUGAAAUCAUGGUUAUUAACAGGUUUAACAACAAAGUCAAGCUGUUUCAGUGUCAGUGUGAGCUUAACAGUUCAGCUUCGGAUGUUAACCUCUACACAAAAUAUGAUGAGCAGUGAUGACAUCACGUUGUGCAGUGUUAGCUCAUGCUAACUGGGCAGAGAGUGCAGGAGAGCAGCUGUCCUUGGAGACGGUCCUUCAGCGCCGCGUGAAAUGUCAGCAACCUUCACAGAUAGAUUCUCAUUCCAUGGGGACACUGAAUGCUCAUAAUAAUAAGCUCUGAAUCAGAAACAAACUUUCUGGAAAAGCUGCUUUGAAAUCCGGCGUUUCGCAACAAUCCCAUAAACACCCCAUGAAGUCCAGGAGGGACAGAUGUCUUUAUUUAUCAGAGGGGACAAACGUCUUCAGCAAAUAGCAUUUCUAGUCAUUUAAGUUUUGCAGCAAAAACAUUUUAGUCACCUUUUGUUGAGCAUUUUUAAUUUUUAUGUCUUGUGGGCACACUGAGGCUGCAGAUGUCUCCAAACUUCAAAAACCCAACAGCAUAAAGAAAAAAAAUCAGACUACUAUAAUGCAGACGGGUCAGGUUUGAGGCUGUUUGGUUUCAGUCAGCUCAGAUAGAUUUAGUUUUACGUUGAAUAUUCAGCAGAAACAUCUCUCCUAGACACAAGUUUACCAAACGAAAAAUGUUUUUGAAAUUCAGGUGAAGUAACUCAUUAGUGAAUAUGAGGAUAUGUGAUCAGAUAUCAUGAAGGAUUUUAGGUAUUAAAUAGUCAACUUAUUGUUUAUUUAUUUAUUUUUUUAAUGAGAUUUGUUGCCAAGAAGAAACAUGUAGAAUAUCACCAGACUUUAACGACACGUCACACAAGCUGCUUGUGUUGAAAAUUAAUCAAUAAUUUAGCAUCCUGAUUUUGUGGCCAACUAACACUUAAAAUUUAUUGCAGCCCAACGCCUCAAAUACCGAUUCAUAUUAUUUUAUCUGAGUAAAACAUUUUAAUUUGUCACCAUGUGAUUAAGUUAACGUUGAUAUCAAAGAAUUGUGAAAUGAAUCAUGAUAUCAGGAGAUCAGAAUCAGUGUUAUUGACAGAACAGUUCAGACUCUGGUGCAGAUUAAACACACACACACACGCUGCAUGUUGAAGUCAUGUGACCUCAGCGUGGUGAUGCGUUCAGGUUCGCUGCAGUUUUGUGGUGUUGUCGUCUCGUCAGACUUCACUGAGGGCAGGUAGCCACUGAUGCUGUUGUUCACCUGAGUGUUCACACAUUCCUGUCACAACACACACUCCUGCUUAUUCACUCCCCUGUGUGUGUGUGUGUGUGUGUGUGUGUGUGUGUGUGUGUGUGUCUGUCUGUCUGUCUGUCUGUCUGACAUCUUGAUAACUCCUGGUGGUCAUGUGACUUGAUUCCAGAUUGAAUCCAGAUUGUGUCCUGAUGUAUUUUAUCCACAUUAACACCAGACUGUUUGAAGCUGCCAAUGUGUAUGAGAGCUCACACUGCUCACGGGUCCAAAUUAUAAACAAAUUCUUUUCAUAAAGCAGUCAAAAGAAAAUUAAAUGAACAUAAAUUUUGAUAAGGGUCAUGUCAGAAGCAUGUUCCAUUUAGAUAUUCCAAAUUAGGCCUUAUUCAGAGUGUAGCAUCUUCCCUUUAAGACACUUGGGAUAGGCCGAUAUUAUUCAGCUUUUAGGAGCGUCUCUUGGACAUGUAUACAGUGUAUUCGGAAUACGCAUGAACUGAGGUUUUUAACAGCAGUUUUUGUCAUGUAAAAUCUCGUCCAGUAAGUUUAGUACAAUUAUUAGUGGAUGUUUUGACAGCAGCCAUGUUGGAAAUCAGAUCAAUAAUCAGCUCAAACUGCAGAAACACAACACAACACAACACAAAUUUUUGACCUGCCAGAAAUCCAUCUAAUCUGACAGUGACUACAUUUACACACACACACACACACACACACACACACACUGAUAUUCCAGUAUUAUCCGGAAUAUUACAUAUUCCAAAUCUUAUAGGGAUCACGUAAAUGGCAUAUUCCAUUUGGAUAUUCUGAAUUAGGUCUUAUUGCAAAUGAACCUGACGGAUGAUGUGUGAAAACAAUUAUCCCCAUGGGGACAUUAAAGAACCUAACCUAACCUAACCUAAGCAUUUUCUGCUAAGACAUGUGGGAUAUGUCGACAUUAUUCUGGUUUUUGGAGCAUUAUUUGGAUGUGCACAUUGUGAAAUUUAAAUCCUAAAAUCAUUCAACCAUUUCAGGGUGAAAAUUUUGGCUGAGUCUGUUGAUCGUCUGCAUGGAAGUUGUUUGAAAAGGUUCCAUACUAGUCAUGAUACAGUAUUUCAGUUUUCUGCUGUUUUUCAGCGUGCGAAUACCAAAAUUAAUUAUUAAUAUAAAUAUAAACACGUUUCUAAAAAAUAUACAUAUAUGUGUGUGUGUGUGUGUGUGUGUGUGUGUGUGUGUGUGUGUGUAUGUAUAUACAUACAUACAUACAUACAUAUAUAUAUGUGUGUAUAUAUAUGUGUGUGAACAUUUUACAGAACAGAAAAAGUGAACAUUGUCAGAUAUUAAAUGUGGUAACAGAAGCAUAAGACACACUCAGUACUGGACAGUUUUCAGUACUUUAUUAUAAACAGUCGUUGACAGGAGACAUUCAACCAAAUUUUUGGGUGCUUUUAUUCUCAGUCUGGAUUUAACCUCGAUGCUGAAGAUGCACAGAACCACCAGGUGUGAAUGUGAUGUCAGGAAAUGUCUGAAAAAGCUCGCAGGUUAUGAUGGGAUUUUUUUAUUUCCUCCAAAUUCCACUUGAAACCCAUAAAAAAAAGAGAAACUGCACACUGAAGGUCUCCGGACCUUUCACAGCAUUUCAACGAGCGUCCAGUGGCGCUGCUGCGUGACGGACCACACAGCAUGUUUUCCAUCCUUCAGCUUUUCUACUGAGAAUCAUCACAUUCCUGCUUAUCAUCACAAAUCAACCUGCAGAGAGAUAACCCGUCACAGUCAGAGGUUUAGUUUACUUUUAAUGGUUAAUUUUCACUUUGUGAUACAGUUGAAAACAAAGGCCUCUUUCAGGGAUGCAUUCAAGGACACGAUAACAUCCGACAUUUGAUAGUCACCUGCCGAAAACAAAAAGCUUCCAACAGUGAGACUCAAACCCAGAAGACAAUCAACAAGUCAACAGGAACGUUAACGUAAAAAAUGUUUGAAAAAGAAAACGUGCGUUUUAUUCCAGCAGAUGAGUCUUAGAUGCCGAGCUGUCCCUGAAUGCACCAAAAAGGAAAAGAUUUGGUGAAGUUUGACUAAAGAGUAAAGACGUCUAAACGCUGACUGUGAUGGAUUGUCGUGGUUUAUAAUCGUGGCAACUUUACUGUUGAAUUUCGGACCUUUGUUUAAACCCAACAGCAGCGAAUUCACUUUGUAAAAGAUUGUUUUUGUGUUAGCGAGUUGUUUCAUUCAGAGGGUUUCAGUUUGUGUGACUGUUUUCUUCUUCUCGGUCUGAUGUCGGAGUUUAUCCGUCACAUUGUUGGGGGAGGGGUGGGGGUCAAAAAAUGUAUUUUUGAACUGAAAAAUAUUCUCUUGCACUCUUAAAGGAACAGUUCAACAUUUUGACAAUUGGUUAUGUGUUAAGUACAUAAACUGGAGUUGGGAUGGGAUUAGCCUAGCUUAGUAUAAAGACUGAUGAUGAUGGGUUUAAAAAAAACAAAAACAAUUACAAUUGCUUUCACAUCGACUUAUAAUUCCAAGUUGCAGUUGUCAGGAAUCGAUAUCCCCAGUCGGGGAACAGAACUACAGACAUGUCAACAAACAGUUGGCAGUCACGUUAAAAUAAAAUGUGAUGUUAACACAAAUACAAUUUUGCAAAUUUUAUAGGAGCUUUGCAUUUUUUUGGUUUCACUUGGUCAUUAACUGCUUCAAAUAUUUAAUCUAAUUUCAUCUAAAUUUUUAACUGUUGUGGCUACAAGGUUAGCAUUAGCGCUAACAACCUUGGAAUGAUUCCUAAAUUGGGAUAAGAUGUGUUUUACUUUUUAAACAAACAACAAAAAACUAUGUGGUCAAAUACGAUAAAAUUAUUCACAGUGGAAUUACAGCUGCCUAUUCAGGUCAAGAAAAUCUGGUGUAACGCCAACAGAGACACAGGCUAGCUGUUUUCCCCUACUUCCAUUUUUUAUUCUAAGCAAGGCUAACCACAUCCUGACACCCAGACAUGAGACUGGUAAACAUUUAAACUUCUCACUCUCAAAGAGAAAGAUAAUAAGACUAUUUAACAACAUGUUGAACUGCUCCUUUAAAGUAAGGUUAAAGUUUGCUAUCAGCUAGCGUGUUAGCUUUGUGUGCUGUCCAUUAGAAAUUUUAACUUGGUUUAAAAAAAAAAAAAAACUAAAAAAAAAACCAAAAACGUAAGGCUCAGUUCUCAGUUCACGCAAAUUUACAAAACAAUCAGGAACGAAACAUUACAUUUAAAAACACAGAAAUGGAUCCAAAAAUGUCCCUGUAACACAGAUGUACAAACACACAAUAUAUCCAUGUAAUUCACAUACACAUAAUAUGUCCCCAUAAAACACACUCUUGCACACAAUAUGUCCCCGUAACUUACACGUACACACAAUUUGUCCCUAUAAUGCAGGAUACACACUAUGUCCCUGUAAUACACAUAUACACACAAUAUGUCCCUGUAACUUAUACGUACACACAAUAUGUCCCCCUUACUCACAUAAACACACAAUAUGUCCCUGUAAUGUAAUAUACACACAAUAUGUCCCCGUAACUUAAACGUACACACAAUAUGCCCCUGUAAUACACAUAUACACAAUAUGUCCCUGUAACUUAAACAUACACACAAUAUGUCCCUGUAAUACACAUAUACACACAAUAUGUCCCCGUAACUUAUACCUACACACAAUAUGUCCCUGUAACUUAUACAUACACAAUAUGUCCCCCUUACUCACAUAAACAUACAAUAUGUCCCCAUACCGCACAUAUACACACAAAAUAUAUACACAUAUGUCCCUGUAUCUUGCAGAUACAGACAGUAUGUCCCUGUUACUCUCAUAUACACACAAUAUGUCCCUGUAUCACACAUGCACACAAUAUGUUGCCGUAACACACACAUACACACAAUAUGUCCCCGUAAUACACACUUCUGCACAUAACAUCCCUGUAACACUCAUACGCACAGAAUGUCCCUGUACACCUGUACACAUGCAGUGUCCCUGUAUCACGCAUAAACAAACGGCCCUCUCCACACACCCUCCUGGUUUGUUGGUUUGUUUCUGUUGAUUGCUCCAUAACGCCCAACAUAAGCCUUAACUGAACAUAUUCUAUUAUUCUGUAAAUCAAACAGUUAAAAAGAAAAAAAAAGGAAAAGACAAAACUAACGGAGAAGAAAAGGAAAUGUGUACUGUAGCUGUUAAAUUUUUAGUCCCUCUGUUCAUUAUUUUCUGCUGUUUUUUCUUAAUAUUUCUAAUCUGAUGUCUGCGCGUGAUGAGGUGUCGCGAUGAACGCAUCGUGUUUGAAAAAAUAAAAGAAGCUUCAGGAUGGAGGAGGAGCUGUAAAAUGGAGGAGCAGUCGUGUACAAAGUUAGCAGAGAGACUCGGACAUCUCUUGUCUUUUAGAAAUGUUUUUUAUUGUAUGUGAUUAAAAAAAAAAGAACAAUGACAACAUGGCAAUUUGAAAAGCAGUUUGUGAAUAAAUUAAGUUUAUUGAGAAUUAUUUUACAAAGAAAGGGGAAAACGGGUGUCCUGUGUUUAUUGUCAUCACUCAGAAAAUAAUUCUUUUACAACUUAACAGAGAUCUUGAUACGUCCCUCAUGGUCAUGGUUAAAGGAGCCCCGCCCUCUGCCCACAUUCAGACCACAUGACUGGCUACUGUUGCCACUCUCCAAUUUAUUGUCAGGUCUUUUAAUACAGGAAUUAACAAGAAACAAUAGAUGAAUCAGUUAUUAAUAUUCUUCUGAACCUGUUGUAAGUUUAUUUCAAUCA